ACGGCUAGAUGCAACCGACGUACAUGCGCGGUGUCUCAUUUUGGGGAAAAUUUACUUCCGGCAGCCGUAUCAGCGCCAGCCGUAGCGAUUAAUAAACGGAUAUGAGCGGUGCGGGCAGGCUCUCCUUCCCCGGCCCCCGCCACUAGCCACAUAGACACUGUGGACCUGGUGCUGAGUGUCUACUUGGUGAUCUGUUACACCACAUAACAUCCAAUUACUUUUUAAAAUGGCGGCGGAAAGGGCUGUAAACUCGUUUGCAAAACUAAACCUCAGUGCGAUCAAAAAAUGUGAUCAAUAUGUGGUGAAUAUUGAAGACACAGCUUCACAAGUGGCGCUUUACAAGUUCAAUGGGGAAAAGCAAGCUUGGGAGAAAACAGAAGUUGAAGGAGCUUUGUUUGUUUAUAGUAGGUCCACAACUCCAACAAGUGCUUUCUUCAUAAUGAACAGACUAAACAUGAAUAAUAUGAUGGAACCAAUAACAAAUAACAUGGAGUUUAAACUUCAGGAUCCUUUUCUGUUAUACAGAAAUAACACCAAAGGCAUAUUUGGUAUUUGGUUCUAUGACAGUGAUGAGUGUAAAAGGCUGGCAACACUGAUGGAAACGCUUAGUUCUCAGACAGGUGUGAUGGGAAGCCCUGUUGUAGUCAAUCCACAUCCCACUGCAGAAAUGAGAAAGGAAAGUCAAACAAAUGCUUCAGAAGAAAAAGUUGAUAUAAUGCAGCUGUUUGCAAAGGCACAGGAGAGAUUUAACAAUCAGUCAAAGACAAGUAGUCCAAGUGGAGCAAAUGCUUCUCUUUCAUCAAGCACAUCUCAAAAGCAACAGAUACCACAAGAGCAAAAGGAUCAACAGCAGAAAUUCCUUCAACAAAACCAACUCCAAAUGGAGCAACUUCAAAAACUGUUCCAAACUCAGGAGAGUCAACCAAAAAAACAACGUGCCUACUCCACCCCUGCCCCCUACCUGUCAUCACCUUCUUCCAUGGGGAAAGCAACACCUAAAGGGGAGGGACAGGAAAAUGGUGUGUUACCAGGAGGAGAAGGACAGUCAAGCAAGAGAAUGGAAAAAGUUAAAAGUCUCACAUUGUCAGAUAUUAAAGCCCCUACUAGUUCAGUUGGUUCAGGACCAAUAGCAAGGACAAAAGAUGAUUCUUCAAUUGAUAAUGGGAAACCAGGGGCUCAAAGAAAGUUAUUUCAGAAUGACAAGAAGGAUGUAAGGAGUGUAGAUACAUUAGCCACACAAUCACCAGUUGCUUCACAUAACACACCAGUGUCCCAGGCAAAGGAUUCUCCUCAGAAACCUUCACUGGAUCAGGGGGUUGCAGUGGGGGCCUCUCUCAUGUCACCUCUAGCUUUCCAACCUUCUGGGAAAGUAGCUAUUCUGACACAACCGCCGCAGCCUAAACAGCCCCCCAAGAUGGAAAUCUCCCCCCUGACUCAAGAUCAACUUGCUCAAGCACUAACUUAUUUAUUAAAGAAUGACUCAGAGUUUGUCAGUAAAAUUCAUGAGGCAUACUUCAAAAGUUUACAGGACAAGCUCCCAACUUAAUGGCAUGGUAUACUGUGGAUGGCUUUUAGUCACAAGGUUGGUGUGCCUGUGCUGAACGGAAGACAAACCUGGAGUGCUGCGCAAGAGUGACGCUAAAAGAAGACGAUAUUGCCGUCAAGGUUUAUCGUUGAUGACAACAUUUGAAAUUUGUUUAAGCGCAAAAUGAAAAGUUUUCAACGAAUGAAAAAGAACUAUUUCACAAAAUUUUAAACCAUUUUUCUACGAUGUGUCGAUAGCCUUCAACGUCGACUGAAAUCUUAAAAUAAUGAUUUAAUAUUAAAAAAGGUAGAAAAAUACCAUUUAAUUAAUGACGGAGGAAUUUUAAGACGGAAGUUUCACUUUGAAAACGUAUCAAACGUUUUCCGUCCACACUACGCCGGAGGCAUUUAAAAACGCAACAAUCG